UUGUCAUUCCCACAAACUUACGAAGCGAAGUACUACAAGUAUUACACGAAAGUCAUGUUGGUGUGGUUAGAAUGAAAGCUCUGAACAGAAGUUACGUUUGGUGGCCAGGAAUUGAUUCGGAGAUUGAAGGGCUAGCAAAAGGAUGCAGUGGUUGCCAGCGGGUUCAACAUGCCCCCAAAUGCUCACCAUUACACCCAUGGGAGUGGCCAUCUACCCCCUGGCAACAUAUUCAUGUCGAUUUUGCAGGACCAUUCAUUGGAAUGAUGUUUUUAGUGAUUAUUGACGCUCAUUCAAAAUGGCCAGAGGUAAUAAUCAUGCACUCGAAAACAACCACUUCCAAAACUGUCGAAGCCCUGCGAACAGUGUUUGCUCGAAAUGGGUUACCAGAAAAACUGGUUAGCGAUAAUGGCCCUCAAUUCACUGCAGAAGAAUUCCAGCUGUUUCUAAAGAAAAACGGAGUUAAACACGUAACUUCAGCACCAUAUCAUCCAACCACCAACGGCUUAGCAGAAAGAUUCAUUCAAACCAUGAAACAAUCUUUGACUUCAAUGAAGGAAGAAGACCUUGACUCCACGCAGACCAAACUAUCCAAAUUCCUAAUGAAAUAUAGAAACACACCACACAGCACGACUGGUGAAACACCAGUUUAUUAUUUAAGUCCAAAAUUAAUUCCU